AUGAGGUUUAGAACAAGGAACCCUUUUUCUCUGCCUUCUGGCAGCUCCUGGCCUCCUACCUUUCCCUCCCCCUCCUCCUAUUUCUGCAGCACCUUGGGUAGGGCCUGUAUAACUGGUUCCUAUACCAUUCUCAGUGCCUCUGGUGCCGUUGGCUCCUCCUCCUCCCCUCGCUGCCAUGGAGUGAAGAGCACCCCCGGACUUAACACCACCCACUUCAGAUUGCCCCACGGUGCCCCAGGACUCCUCGGGCCAGGUAUCUGUCUGAUGGCUUUUAUGAAAAAAUAUCUCCCCCCCAUUCUGGGGUUCUUCUUGGCCUACUACUACUAUUCCGCAAAUGAGGAAUUCAGACCAGAGAUGCUCCAAGGAAAGAGAGUGAUUGUCACAGGGGCCAGCAAGGGGAUUGGAGAACAGAUGGCCUAUCAUCUGGCAAAGAUGGGCGCCCAUGUGGUGGUGACAGCGAGGUCUAAAGAAACGCUAAAGAAGGUGGUAUCCCACUGUCUGGAGCUUGGAGCAGCCUCAGCACACUACAUUGCUGGCUCCAUGGAGAACAUGACCUUUGCAGAGCAAUUUGUUGCCCAAGCUGGAAAGCUCAUGGGGGGACUAGACAUGCUUAUUCUCAACCACAUCACCAACACUUCUAUGAAUCUAUUUAGUGGUGAUAUCCACCUCGUGCGCAGAAGCAUGGAAGUCAACUUCCUCAGUUACGUGGUCCUGAGUGUUGCUGCUUUGCCCAUGCUGAAGCAGAGCAAUGGAAGCAUUGUGGUCGUCUCCUCGAAGGCUGGGAAAAUGGCUAGCCCACUUGUUGCGCCCUAUUCUGCAAGCAAGUUUGCUCUGGAUGGGUUUUUCUCCUCUGUCAGGAUGGAACAUUCAGUGACCAAGGUCAAUGUGUCGAUCACACUCUGUAUCCUCGGCCUCAUAAACACAGACACAGCCAUGAAGGCCGUUUCGGGGAUCAUCAACAUUGAUGCAUCUCCAAAGGAAGAAUGUGCCCUGGAAAUCAUCAAAGGGGGAGCUCUGCGUCAAGAGGAAGUGUACUAUGACAACUCAGUCUGGACAGAUUUCCUGCUGGGAAAUCCAGGGAGGAAGAUCCUGGAAUUCUUGUCCUUAAGAAGUUAUAGUUUGGACAAAUUUAUCAACAACUAAGCACUUCCUUAAGGUGGAGCAUGGUGGGGGAGUUUUGGGACUGUUCUUCCUGAUAUCUAUCUGAGCUCCAUCCAGGAAGGCAUCUCCAGAGAGACAAAUGGGUGCUCCCCGAGAGUCAUAAAUCACACAUCACAUCUCACAGUUUGAAGGAGUUCCUCUAACACUUGCACAGUAGAAACCUAAUUUUAAUGAAUGUCAUAAACCACGGCAACCCGCAGUUGUGAAACGGAUAGUAACCGUAGGUAUAAUUAAAAGGUAGUUCUAUCAAAUUUACCUCAUAUAUAAGAUUAUGAUCAAUACAAUAUUAAUUAUAAUAAAGGUCAUAUCCAUGUUGUAAAUUCA